AUUGAACACAUGAGUUGAAAACGCUUUUAGUGGUUAUAUAUUUUCUUUGGUUGAAUGUUGAUAUUUUAUUUUAAGAGGUUAUGUCAUAUGGUUUCGCAGUAUUUAAUUAUCUUUUAAAGCAACACUAACUAAUAAGAUGAGUGAUAUACUAAAAGACAGCCGAUUUGCAAAAUAUCUUAAUGAUCCUCGUUAUAGACAAAUCCCUAAACAUGAGCGAAAAGUUAAAAUUGAUAAAAGAUUUCAGUCAAUGUUUAGUGAUGAUAAGUUUAAGGUUAAAUACACAGUAGACAAGCGAGGAAGACCAGUAAAUGAAACAUCCACUGAAAAUUUACGAAAAUAUUAUGACUUGGAUGACUCGAAUGAUGAUACUGAUGAUGAUUUAGAACCUAGUGAUGAAGCUGUAUCAAAAAAAGAAGAAACAAGUGAAAAUGUUGAGAAAGAAAAAAUAAAGCCGGGGCGUUUUGUUAGUAGACUCCCAAGUGACGAUGAAGAUAGUAAAAACGAAAAGAAUGACCAAACAAAAAUAUUUAAAAAUGACAAACUUGUUCGUGGAAGUUUAGACAAAAGAAUUAAAAAAAGAUUAUUAGAUUUAGACAUUGAUUAUGCUCGUGGCGAAGGUGUGAUCAUGACUGACUCUUCAAGUGAUGAAGGAAGCAGUGAAACGGAAGAUGAAAGUGAGCUAGAACAUGAGUGGGGACAGCUGGAUGCCGAUGCAGAAACAACUGAAGAAUCAACACGAAGGCUCGCCAUCUGCAACAUGGAUUGGGAUAAUAUAAAGGCAGCAGAUCUUAUGGUUCUUCUCAGUUCAUUUUUACCUCCAGGAGGACUCAUACAUCAUGUUACUAUUUAUCCCUCUGAAUAUGGAUUGAAAAGAAUGCAGGAGGAAGAAUUAAGAGGACCAAUUGAGUUAACAGAAAAGGUAGAUGAAGAGCAUCUUUCAGAUGACGGUGGAAAUGAAGAAGGUUCAACAUAUCACAUGGAAAAACUAAGACGUUACCAACUAAAUAGACUAAAGUAUUAUUAUGCUGUUGUCGAGUGCGAUUCCGUGACAACGGCCGACAAGUUGUAUAGCGAAUGCGACGGCAUGGAGUACGAAAGUAGUGCCACCAAGGUUGACAUGAGGUUCAUACCGGAUGAUGUCACUUUCGAUCAGGAACCUCGCGAAGUUUGCACAAAGUUACCUGAUUUGACUAAAUACAAACCUCGAUUGUUCACGACGACUGCCUUGCAACAGGCCAAGGUAGAUCUCACGUGGGACGCAACAAAUCCCAACAGAGCUGAAGUUAUUAAAAGUGCAUUAGAUGGGAAAAUUGACGAUUUAGACCUAAGAGAAUAUUUGGCUUCUAGUAGUGAAGAUGAAAGCACAGAAGAACAGGAACAGAAAGCUGAUGAUGAAAAUGAAGACCCUAUUCAAAAAUAUAAAAUGUUGCUAGAAAAUAUAGAUAAGAAAGAAGAGAAAAAGCAAAACAAAGAUAUGGAAAUGGAGAUUACCUGGGGCUUGGGAGUAAAAGAUAAGGCUGAUGAACUGGUUAAAAAGAAAAUUAAUGAAGUUGACAAGAACCUAACACCUUUCGAAAAACUAGUGCAAAAGAGAAAGGAAAAGAAAAAAGAGCGUAAAUUAAUGAAGAAAAAAGAAAUAGAAGACAAUCAAUCUAAUGCUGAUGAUAAUUCAUCGGAUGAAUUACCUUCGGAUGUAGACAUGAAUGACCCAUAUUUUGCUGAAGAAUUUAAUAAACCAGAAUUUAAGAAAAAUAAUAAGAAGAAAACUGACCAUAUGAUAAAAGAUUGUAGGAAUUCUGACGAAGAAGAAAAACGAAAAGCAGAGUUAGAAUUACUAUUAGAUGAAGAUGAUGGCAAAGAUCAUUUUAGUCUGAAAAAAAUACAAGAAUCAGAAAGCAUUACAAAGAAGUCUAAAAGAAAAAGGAAACUUAAAGAAAAGAUGAAAGAACAAAAACAAACAGUCCCUGACUUUGAAAUAAAUCUACAUGAUCAAAGAUUUUCUGCCUUAUACGAUUCCCAUCUUUAUAACAUUGAUCCAUCUGACCCGAACUUUAAGAAAACAAAAAAUAUGGAGAAAAUUAUACAAGAGAAAUUAAAAAGAAGGCCAAAAGAUGACUUAAUAUCAGAUAACAAGCCUAAGAGAACAAAAGAAGAUAAUGAACUAAAUGUUUUAGUUAAAAAUAUUAAAAGAAAAACAAAACAUGUAUUAAAGUAAUAAUACUUUUUUUCCAAUCAUA